AUGUCUACUAUUCAGCGUCUCGCCGAGGCCGAUGUCCGUGCGAUCUUUGAUUCUUUACAUGGAGCUCACCCACCUCCAGAAGGCUUAAAGUUCCAAAUUAUUCCUGUGGGUCCUUCUGGUUUGAAGUUGUCGCCUCCUGCUAUUGAAUUUGACAAUGGCUUGUACGUCUUGCUUCGUCCUGAAAAGAAAGACCAACCAAAGCCUCAGCUUCCAACUCAUCUCCGUCAAUACUUGGCCAAGGAAAUUCCAGGGCAGGCCUGCCCAUGGUCUCUUAGUGGUCCUCAAUUUUCACAGCCAACGGAAUUACAACAACGCUAUUGCUAUCCCAAGGGAAACCCCAGCUAUUCCAGUCAAAAGGGAGGCGCAUUAUGGACAAUGUACGACAACAAUGGCCACGAGGAUUUGAAUUAUCGUCUGUUGCAUGUCUACUUUUCGGCCAAGAGAGCUGGAAUUAGGUCGGCCACGCCAUCACCAGCCCGCCGACGACGACGAAUUACUACACCCACGUCUACUUCGUCGUCGGCCUCGUCCUCCAGGACAAAGUCGCCAGCGACUCCCAACGUGGUUCCCACGUCGCCCUGGCCACCGCAUGGUGCCAUGCCACCACGCUCCUAUUGGCAACCCCACCACCACCACCACCAUCAUCAUCCUCAUUAUCCAAUGGUCCCAGCAUCCUUGGUUCAUCCGACACCACCACCGAUGCGUCCUAUCAAACACUACUUGACUCCUCCACCACCACCUCCUUCGUCGUCUGCUUUUAAGCGACGCAAGUUUGAUAUUCCAACACCACCUCCCACUCGAUCCAUGAUGAUGUCAGAUGCCACAUUUGCUGCAACAACAACGACUGCUGCUGUCAAUUACAACUCUGUGGAUACUGGACGAGAUCAUGUGUAUAUGGAAAAGGGGGCGGCCGCCAAGAUGCCAACCUUGCUGGAUGAAGACGAGGAUGCUUGGUGGAUGAUGGGCGCGACAGGUGGUGCCAUCUUGGAAGCACCCGAAUUGGGUCUUUUAGAUCACGAAGACGAAAUGGCGAUCCGUUCCAAGUUGUCUUUUGAAUUGUUGCCAUUGGCGACGGUGGAAGAUUCUAGAAUGGACAAUCUCUUCCUUUUGGAUUCCGAGGAAUGUGAUGCUCAGCGCAAGAUGGCAGAGAACGCAGAGAACAAGAAGGAUGCGUCCCCGUGUUUGGGCACUCCCUCCAGCCUCCAAAAGCGUUUGGAGGUCAUGCACCGCCAAGUAUUGGAUUGGAUCGGACAACAGCCCAAGGACAAGCAACCCCGAAUGCACCAAAUGGUUCGUCAAUGGGCGCAAAAGUUGCAAUCCGAGUUGCAAUUGGAGGAGGCACAUACAGACGAGGAUGGAGACAAAAAGAUGGCUGCCACUGUGCUACAAGUACCGGCAGUAGGUACACCGUGCAAGAAAGAGUCACCUCCAGUUAUGGCAGUUGCCGCCACUCCCAUCAAGAUGGAAUCAACAUCCGCGGAUGAUGCUUCCAUUACACCCUCUCGAAUGGAAUCGGUGUAA